CUUUCAUGGUACUAACUAUAGACCUGUCGACGAGCUUAUAUCUACCCUCGUGGCAGUAUUCAUUUAAUACGCUGACCAGCCGAGUCCUUCCCAAUCAGGAAAGGAGUUGUUUAUCACUUUAAGACUUUCGCCAAACAAAUCGGCUAAAUUUUGGGAUUAGCAACUUUUCAAGGCCGCUUUACCAGUCUGACUGCGACGACGACGACAACUAAAUCGUUUUUGUAACGACACAGAGAGAAGACAAUGUCUGCUACCCGUGCUCUUCGUCAACUCUCAGCCGUCUCAUCACGCGUGGUCGCAAAGCCAGCGCUCCGUAGCAUGCCAUUGCGCAUGUCUAUGACUGCUUGGACAUCUCCGCGUCUCACUUGCGCGGCUACGAGGGCGUUUUCUCUAUCUUCUGCACGUUUCUCUGAGGGUUCGACCGACGUCCUUCUCUCGCAAAAACUUGCUGAGGAGCUGAAGUACGAGAAAGAAGCUGCUGACGAGGCAGAGCCAGAUUUUUUGGAGACGUUCAAGAAGCAGGGUAUCUGGAAGAUCGAGGACAUAGCAGGUAACGAUGAAGUCAUCUUGACACGAAAGUUUGGCAGUGAAAAAGUUCGCGUCAUGUUCUCUAUUGCGGACAUCCAAAACGCCGAGGAACCUGAGUUUGCUCAGGAAGAGGAGGGCGAUUCAGAUGAACCAGAGAAUAUCCGCUCUUACCCCAUCCGUGUCUCGUUCUCUAUCACGAAGGAAAACGCCCAAGGAUCUAUAAACGUCGACACGAUGUGUCAAGACGGCGCAUUCAUCGUGGACAACAUCUCCUACUACCCGGAUGCACAACUCGGAACCGAGCUGACUGCGGAGGCGGACUGGAAACGACGUGGACUCUACAUUGGACCACAGUUUGAGACUCUUGACGUUUCCGUUCAGGAGGAAUUUGAGAAGUUCAUGCAAGAGCGUGGCAUCAAUGAGAACCUCGCAUUGUUCAUUCCCGAUUACUCGGAGUUCAAGGAGCAGAAGGAGUAUGUGAGGUGGCUGGGAAACAUCAAAAAGUUUGUCGACGCCUAGACGUCGGCUGCUUUGAUGCCGACCAAAAGUUCUAGUCUGCAUUCUUAUGUAUUCAGUACCGUAUCCACCUCCUAUUCAUUGUUAGCAUCGACCUUGCAACUCCCCUCAAUCGUUCCCAGCGUAACAUUCAGUUAUCGUACUCUAUCUCCAUUGUGUGUUAUUUUGAGCGGGUGACCAUGACAAUUAUCGUAAGAGUUCUUAGGAGCCGCGGAACCAAAUUGGCAGAC